AUGGGCAGUAUGCCGUCGUUGCGGCGACAGCACCUUCUGGCCGAAUUCGCCGGUCUGAAGCAGGCUUGUCCGGAGGGGGUCUUCGUAAGCUUAACGCCAGGAGACCCGAUGCUGUGGUCCGGCGUCAUGUUUGUGAGGCAUGGACCUUACGCUACGGCCAUCUUGAGGUUCCAGAUCUCAUUUCCUGAUACGUACCCUCGAUUACCGCCACUUGUCACCUUCUCAACAGACAUCUUUCAUCCUCUGAUUACGCCAUUAACAACUUACAUGUACACUACCGAUAUUCAAGACAACGGCACCGUCAGCGCCACCGACGCAGAGCGCCUACCACCCGGGGGAUUCAGUUUACGGCACGGAUUCCCUGCUUGGUUUGGCCGGGGCAGCCGGAGCAACGCUGGUAGCAGACAAGUUAGCGGCCAACAACAACCGCCCGCGACUCCCGCCAGAGGCGGCGGUCCGUCCAGCACAACGUCAACGCCGGGCUCAAAAGCAACACCACUCGGCGGUCGCCCAGGGUACCUUGAUACCUCUAGGCGAGAGGUCUCUACAUACGAAGUCUUGCGAUACAUCCGGAGCACAUUCGACGACGAAAAGGUGCUCGACUCGGUGCCUCUCGAAGCCGCGGGAAAUCCUGGCGCAUGGCACGCGUGGAGAACGCGCCAGCGGCAGGCGGGCAAAAGUUUCUCUGGUGAUCUGGAGCCGCAAGGGAAGAAGGAGCAGGAGGGCGAUAAAGCAAUAGAGGCUGGGGAGUCUGUCCAGGAGAAGAAGGAAGAAGAAGGGGAAGAGAAGGAGGAGGCCACGCCGGCUCCACUGCCCGAGAGGAAGCCUUCCACCAGCGGGAGUGUUCACUCCAUCGUUCGGAAACCCAUCGGCAGUGCACCUUCUGUCUCUAGAAAGCCCGGAGAAUGGAAUUGGGAAGGCGUUUGGGAGGACAGGGUGCAGAAGGGCAUCGCGGCGUCUCUCUCUGAGGCGGUCUUGUACGGGGCGACGUCGGGUGGAGGCGACGACCUGAUCAACUUCCUUGCCAUGGAGGAAGGCGACGUGGACUCGGUGAGGGAAAAUUUGCUGCCCUGCAUGUUCGUCUCCUCUGCCGCUGCCGGGAUGCAGACAUGCCUACUUCUCAUCGUUCUCGCAACCGUCAUACCCAUGCUCAUCAUCGCGGUUUUGCUCUCCUGCUUCAUCUGCCGCAACUUCAGAGACGCAGCCGGCGCCAUCGAACCGAAGCCGCCGAGACGCUGGUUCGGUCUCCGACGCGUGAAAUCGAGCGACAGCACGAUCACCAGCCUCGCCACCCGCACGCAAAACUACGCAGAUUCGUGGCAAGACCUCGAGAGUCUCAGAACGUACCGGGACACGCCCACGCCUUCGAUCCAGCACGGCAUCCACGAGCAAGCCGGCUUCGCCUCCUUCCCGUCGUCUGACAUGGAGUUUCUCGCCAACGAGGAGAAGGACGGAUCGGGAAGGAGCGCUCCCGAAGUCCCGCGGCCGCUCAAGGUUCUCAAGAGACUCGGGCGUGGUUCUGGAGGGGGGCGCCGAGGAGGAUCGGACGGCGUGCGGAGACUCAGUGCCGAGACGAACAAGAGUCUAGACGGUCUUCCGGGGCCGCUUGAUGAGCCUCUCGUGGUGAGGAAGAAGCGAGGGAACUACGCGAUCGGACAAAUACCUGGUUCGGUUGGGGUUGGUCAGGAACAAUCUUCACCUGGCGGACAAACACAAUCAUAUAAUUCUUCUGAAGAGAACGCCAUGUCUGACGUUUCGCUUGUUCUCGUGCCACGGAUUUCCAUCACCCCGGAGGUUAAGGCUCUUGACGGCGGCACGACAACUUUUUGGGUCGCCAUUGAAGUUUCGGGACAACUAUGCCGACCACUCAAUGGAUCAGCGUGCGCUGCAAUCUCUUCCAGGGAUGAUUCAACCUUGGCCGACGGAAAUGAUAACCAACCUUCUGCAGGUGUGUUGAGAUACCUCUACAUCCUUGAGAUUAUCCAGGACGAGCCUAAACAGACAUCAGACGAGCUGAUUGAUGACUUGGAAUACCAGCUGGGAAGCUCCAACCUCGAGUAUAUACGCGUCCUGGUCAAGUACAAUCACUCGGCAUUCUUUUGCAAAAGUCGGUCUGGCAUCAUCGACAACAUGACCGAAGCAGGCACGAGAUUAGAGACUUUUGCUACGGCCGCCAUCAAGCGACACAACCACCGGUCACCAUGGUCUCCCAGCCGAGCCCUGACAUAUAACCCCAUUAUGAGCAUCGUCUAUGGUAGUUGGGAGCUACAGAGAGCUCGUAAUGCGAUGUACCGUAUGUCAGCGCGGCCAUCAACACCGCCAAGGCUUGUCGAGGUACUAUCCAGAAUGGACCUGUCAGAGGAGGACAAGCCAAUGGCCAUUCAGACGCCUCCGGUAGUUCCCAGGCGGGAGACAAGUCUCGGCAAAGACGCGAUAGUCAGGCAGCCAGAAGCACUGUACAAAGGGUGGUCUCCAGGGCAUCGGAGGACGUCAGCGGUGGACUGGGAUAGGCCCCGUGCGGGACAGGGCCCGGGCGUCCUGAGAAGCUUGGCAUCUUCCAUCGCUGGCACCGGCGGUGACGGUCAUCCUGCAGAGAAGAAGGGGGCGUGUGGAGGAGAUUCGCUCCGCAGCCAGGGGAGGAAACCUUCCAACCGUUGGGGUUGGACGAGUUGGUGGUGA